GUUAUGAUUGUUAUCAACAUUGAAUAUCAACGAUUAUUGAGUUCCCUGGCGCCGUUUGCGUUUGUCGAAUGCGGCAUUUCUCAAUGCACUGUAUGAUUUAUAAUAAUUAUGAUAAAAUGGCCGCACGACACACUGUGAUUACAGUUCCUUAAUGGCACGUAACAGUAACAAUUUAUUUCCAUCAUUAAGGACUCGUUACAGGACAAUAAAUUUCGUUUACUAUUAUUAUUAUUGUGGAUUUUAGUUAAGGCAAUUUUUGCAAUAUGUGCAGACAAUUAUUCCAGAAUCCAGAGUUUCUUCAGCUUUGAUGCCUGGAUCUCGUCGACGAGAUGAUAAAAUAUUCUGGAGUAUUCUGCUAUUCAUUAUUGCUUACAAUUGUUAGAAGUGAAAUAAAUACACUCGUACUUCGAGAUUUGAUGACUGAUAAAACAAUUCUCCUGGUUUUGGAACAGUUGAUGCAUAACUAACCUGAGUUUGGAUCGAAAAUGUUUUUCUUGUAAGUUUGGAUCGAGUGUUGGAGGUCGUGGAACUUUCUUUAAGGGUUGUGUGCAGCGAUUAUUGGUAUUGUCGCUAUAGCGACCUUUGCGCGGAGAACGAUAAAUUAUCAUAAAUACAAACCCCAUUGCGACGCACUGGAUCACUGGUUCGGUGACUCAUCACUUCACUGGCUAUUUUCUCUGGAAAGUGGUGUGUGCCCGGUGGUGUCAUAAUGGAUUUGCCUUGGAGAGCGAUGCAGCGGUAUCGGCCGGUAUUGACGGAUGCCAACCAGAUCAGCUACCAGAACACGGUCGUCGUCCGCAAUCCUAACGAUACGUGCUGGCUGGGAUACAUUCAGGAUAUGGACGGCGACCGCGCCUUCAUCCAUUUCGACUCGACAAAGGUCACGGCGCGCUGGAUCCACAUGAGUAGCAUCUGGCUGCUGCCGUUCUACUGGGAGAAUUCAGGAAAUCGAGGUUGUGACAAUGUCCCGGUGCACGUGGCACUGCGUGAUGAAGAGGACGGCCCGUUGCGCUUCCGACCCGCCACCCUGGUGGGUAGCCUGGUGGGUUGCGACAACUGUCAUAUGUUCUAUAUCACAUCCUUUGCGCUGAACUCCAACGCCCAUGCAGCCCCCGAUCGAGCUAAAUUGGUGGAGAUGGGUCAAAUUGCCGCUGCGGUGCCGCCCCAUGGUCGGUUCUUGCUAGAACGCUCAGUCUAUAGCAAACACUUUAUUCCAUUUGCCCGAGUACAGAGUAUUCUAACCGAUGCCUCCGACAAAUUCCGCAUCAUCAUGCACCUCCGCAAUGCUUUUAGAGCCAAACGGAGUAUGAUGGACUGCUGUCGCUUUCAUCUGCGCAUCGAGCGGGACGGCUGCAUGUUUAUUACCAUCCAUCUUGCCGGCGAGGACGCGGCGCAGUGGACGACGACGGCGUUAUUGCAAGUGCUGAACACACAUCUGGCUGAUCGGAUUAACUUACCGGCUAUCCGUUGCGGACGAUUUGCAGUCUGCGAAACUAUCUCCUGUGAAUGCGAUUGGGAGAUUGAUGCCCUACAGCCAGCCGCCCGCAUCAGCCAAUUAACACCGUUCCUCUUGAGUGACAUCUUAGCCCAUCUGGAUCUGCAUUCCCAAAUGACGGCCCAACGGGUGUGCGCUCUAUGGCAGUUGCUGUUGAGCAGUCCGCGCAUGGCGGACCACAUCAGCAUCAGCGUGGCAAGUUGUUGGCAGUUGCAGGUGGACAGCAACAACUGCUACAAACUGGCAGGGCUCCUCGCCCAAUCCAUUACUCGCACCACGGUCAGUCUCACCUUCCUCGACGCCUUGCCAACGGAUCGCACCUCCUUUUUACUAGACAUCCUAGACCGCAUGCAAACCAGGCUGUUGCUGAUCGGUUUCCGCGACCAAAUGGUCUGUGAGCAUGGGAGCAUGGCGGGGCAGAAGCAGCACCGGCUGAAGCACACGGCACCAUGGGUGCCGUUGUCGUACAAGCGCAACUGCCGAUUCGUAGCAUUGUACAACUGGACCGUGUCGCGCCUGUUUGGAUUCGAAGCAUAUGAAGUGUUUCACGACUUGAAUCGUGCCGUCCGUCGCCUGCCGGAACACGAGCAGAAGCUGAUGAAACAUCUGACACCGACGUCGCGUGCACUGCGCAUUGACCAGAUGUCCAUCCGCAUUCCGCGGCUGCUUCUGCGGUGCAGCGACGGCAAGAUGCACAUGACAAGUCGCUUCAUGUCCGCCCUCAACGAACACUGCCCGCCGAUCACCGAGGAAAUGCUGGCAAAGGUCACGGCGGUGUAUGAGCGUUGGGUGCGUAGUCUGCAGUAUCCGGAUGAGUGGCAGACCAUUCGCCAAUAUCUUUCUGUGUUCAGCGGCUUCAAUGCCGAUGGCAGCCCGCGAUUGUGGCAGGAAGUAGACUUGCGGUUGCUGGAUGCGUCCACGCUGAGCAAGCUCGCCAUGUACGGAAUCGACGAAAUAUUCGCUGUGUAAAGACCUUUGCAUCGCGCUUGCUUGGAAAGUGUAAAUUCUACCGGAAGUACUCCAAAUAAAUCGCAACCUAACGCGGAUACCACUCUACGUUCGGAUGCAUUCAGUUUCAGAUGUUUUAUUUUCUCAUUGACAUCCAUGAUAAUGAUCUAUGUCCUCUCUGAAAUUGAAUACUGUCCAGAUUAUUUUACUAGGUAGUAUUUAUCAGUAGACUUUACUACUUCAUUUGGCUUUAUCCACUACAAGGUAGCCUCGCGCAUCCGCGCUCGGCACUUAAGUACUGGAUAGUAUUGGCUUUAUUUUGGAAAGGUCACUGUAAAUAUUAAAAAUCUAGCGUUCUGA